AUGUGGCGCGAAUGGAAAUACAGAUACAAUUUGCUCUCCAAAAGAAGGAGAGGUUUGGAAAAAUGGAACUUGGUACCCAAUCAUUUGGAAUUCAAUACAUUGCCUGACAUCGAUGUCGCAAAAGGAACUAUCCAUGUACUUGUAGACAAUAGCUGGAGGCUGGACCCUUCAGCACAAACUUACGAAAGUAUAAUUUAUAUCGUAUCUAGCGGUGUAAAUCCACAAGACGAGAUGUACAACCGGAAUUCGGAUUUUCCUGCGCCAGUCAGUAACUUUGUCGAACGUAAAUAUUAG